UAUUAGAAAGACAAUAAUAAAGAAAUAAAACCAAGUUGUCUACUCGUAAAUCGUUAUAUCCUAUAACAAUACCCUUUCUUUCUCUAUUUCUUCAGACACACACACACUCUCUCAUUUUCUCUCAUGGCAACUUGUUUCGCUCCGUUCUCCGUUUCAGUUGGUGGAUCUCAUGAGUUGUGGUCAACAAAGCGGGUUGGACCUAAGCUCAGUGUUCAAAGGAGAUCAAGCCUUGUGAUCAAGAGGAACCACACUUCUUCAAUUUGUGCAGAAUACCGUGAUAAUAGAGGAGGUGGAGGUGGCGAUUUUGUUGCUGGCUUUCUUCUGGGUGGUGCAGUUUUUGGAACUCUUGCUUAUAUCUUUGCUCCCCAGAUCAGAAGAUCUCUGCUAAACGAAGAUGAGUAUGGGUUUCGUAAGGCCAAAAGACCAAUAUAUUACGAUGAAGGGUUAGAGAGGACCAGGCAGACCUUGAAUGAGAAGAUAGGCCAACUAAAUUCUGCCAUUGAUAAUGUAUCUUCCCGUUUGAGAGGUGGCAACAACGUACCUGCUGCAAAGAUAGAAAGUGAUCCUGAGGUGGAAGCAACCAUGUGAGAAGCAUGCAGUUUGAUAAUGUUUUAAAUUGGGGAAAUAUAAUGAAUUGAAAAUGGAAUCUGUUUUUUUUUUUUUUUUUUUUUUUUGCGGUUUGAACUUUGAAGGAUAAAAAUCUUGCUGGGACUAAUAUAUAGCUUUUUUAAGAUUGGACUAAAUAUUUAAAGCUGUCUAAUUUAUUUUUUUCCUUUAAUAAUGGAUGAUUUUUGUUUCUGUGCA